CGGUUUGCGUCCUCGGUGGGCUAAUUUUUGAUUUUUUCUAUCAGUGCCGGCCCUCGAUUCAUUUGGCAUAAUUUUCUUUGGUUAAAGUCUUAACUGGAAUUCUUUAAUUUGACUAUUAGUUGACUUGCAUUGUUUGUUCAAUCUACCAAAUAAUAUUGGCUCUCCAAACUUCAAUUGUUCUUUUGCAGGUUCUCCCUUCAGUCUAUUGAUUACUGAGAAGUAAAUUUUAAUGGAGAAGAUAGAUGAAAUCAAUACAUCAGAAGCCUCUCUUUCAUCAGUCAAAAAAUCCUGGAUUGAGGCUCAGGAAUCCCUUAAGAGAAGAUUAAUUAUAGAAGAUAAUUUCACAUGGAGAUUGCCAACUCAUGAUAAUGGGCUGGAGGAAAAUGGCAAAGGAGAGAAAUUAAGAUAUGUAGGAGGUGUUGAUUUAAGCUUCUCAAAAGAUGAUCCUUCCAUAGCAUGUGGUGCGCUUGUUGUUGUGGAUCUUGAAAAUUUGAAUGUCAUCUAUGAUGAUUUCAGCGUUAUCCGGCUUCAGAUUCCUUAUAUCGCUGGUUUCCUUGCAUUUCGAGAGGUUCCAGUUCUUCUAGAGCUACUGGAGAAAAUGAAGCAGAAUGCUCAUAUUUUCUACCCACAGUUACUGAUGGUUGAUGGCAAUGGAAUACUUCAUCCUCGAGGUUUUGGUUUGGCUUGCCAUCUUGGUGUUAUGGCUAAUCUCCCUACCAUUGGGAUAGGAAAAAAUUUGCAUCACGUGGAUGGUCUUACACAAUCUGGAGUGAGAGAACUUCUAGAAGCAAAAGAAAACUGUGCUAGAGAUCUGAUUCCUUUAACUGGAAACUCCAACUACACAUGGGGAGUGGCCAUGCGAUCGACUGAGGGUUCCUUGAAGCCAAUAUUUAUAUCAAUUGGCCACCGUGUAUCACUCGAUACUGCAGUCAAAAUUGUUAAAAUGACUUGCAAAUACCGUGUACCAGAGCCUAUCCGACAGGCCGAUAUAAGAUCAAGGGACUACCUUCAGAAACAUACAGGGGUCGCCAAAUUAAUGCAAGACUCGCAGUAAACAUGUCGCUGAUUGGAGGCUCUAUGUGGUCAAUGACAAAAGAGGAUGACCUGAAUUAGUCCCUGAACAACAACUGGUUCCCUCCAUGCAGUUUGAUCAAGA